GGUAGUGUUGUGGCACGCACACCAGGCAGCACCGCCUCAGGAAUGUGCGGAAGCAGUUCAGCGAUGCUGUAGCCUUAGCGCUGUUACUGCAAUGUCCAUACAUAUAAAUACUACGAACAUCUCCCAGGAACUACGAUACUGAUCCUCAAUCUCUCGGUCACUCUUCUUCUUUCCUGAACAUUAACGUUUGCACAUCAGUUGCUGCGCGUGCAAUUUCGAACCACAAGUUGGGAUAUUCGGAAUCUCCACAGCAACCAUGGCCGGUGUAGACGUCGAUCAAACCAUCUUGGUCAAGGAUCUAAGUACGAAGUCGGUGGUUUUGUACCCAUCGCACGCUCAUGUGACUCGCGAUAUCAACGAUGUGAUGCUCAAGCAAGGUGUCAACACAAUCGAGAUAUUCGGUCUCGCCCCGACUGUGGAUGAGCAUAGCAUUCAAGUUGAUGGCAGGGGUGCUGCAACUAUCGUGGAUCUUUCAGUUGAACUCGUGCCCAAUCCUGAUGACUUCGAAGAGUUUUAUAUGGUUGCCGAUGACCCCUCCAACGAGAACAGUGAUCCUGAGGAGUCUCCUGAUAAUGAUAACGAGCCUGAUGAUGUGAAGAAAUUGAAAAGUACACUGAAGGCUCUGCGAAUGGAGUUGUUACAUGCAAAGGAAGACGAGAACUCAGUUAAUCAGAGACUUCUUGUACUCGACACAUAUUAUCGAUCGAUCGAUGCGAGGUAUUACAAGCCAGAACAAAUACCGUCUGUCAUGCAAAAGUACGCAGAAGAUAGAGCCGCGAUUCAAAAGGACCUUCACGCUGUAUCGAAAACAAUUGGAGAGCUGAAACAGAAGAUCAGCAAGAGCGAGAAAUCGAAACCAAGCAAAAAGAUCCGUAGGAUCGAAGACAAGCAGAAAAAGAUCAAAGAACGUCGGAAAACGAAAGGGGACGAGAAAGCUCGGUACAUCGAGGCUGAGCGACUUCGCUUCUGGCCCAAGAAAGUCUACCGAAUCAUGCUUCAACUCGAAACCACUAUUGAGACUCCGACCACCUCCCGUAAGGAGUCAGUCAGUUCGGUGACACUGUCUAGAGCUGCCAUAUCGCCACUCAAAGAUAUAGACACCACGAAGGGUUCCUCGCCCUCGACAGCGAUCUCGUUGUCCCUUUCAUACAUCACUCAACAGGCUCAAUGGGGCCCACGCUACGACAUCACGAUCGAUUCCACCCAGAAGACCGCCACAAUUGUCUACCGGACCGAGUUUAUCAACCACACAUCUGAAACAUGGAAGGAUGCUAAAGUUUCCUUCUCGAACUCGCAGACCUCAUACCAAGGCGUCGACGACAUACCUCCGAAGAUGAACCCGUGGCAUAUAAAGCUUGGGCCGGAAAGUGAUGACGUUGACGAGGGACUCCUCAGUCUGGAAGAGGUAUUCCGGCCUCGUCGUAAAGCAAAGGCUGUGCCGCAUUUCAAUCGCAGGGCAUUAUUCGGUGAAGAUGGUGAUUACGUUGAGCCACAGUACGACAGCUCAGCACAGCGUCAAGCAUGGCAUGCCAGCUCAUUCAAAACUCAAGCCUCUGAAGGACUUAGGUCAGAUACUUCGAUGCAGCAGCAAGCAAGAACAAGCAAUAGACUUUCCGGCAACGCGGCUCUCCUGAAAGUCAAUGCUAUGCCCCAAGCCUCAGCCUUCGGAGCAAGCACAACAUAUCAGUCACCAUUCGAAUCCUACCAUCCGUCACGCUUCCAAAACGCUUCAGACCCUCCACCUCCCGCCCACCCUUCCUCCCUCAACACCGAGAUCCCUCCGUCCACAGUCGCCUUCGAAGAAUCAAGUUGGGAGGACAACGGCCUGACAACAACCUACGAAAUUCCCGGCACUCGCACACUCGCCCCGUCCUCGCAGACCCGACGCCUCAAGGUCGCGUCGCUCCACGUCAACUCGGUGCAGCUCUCAUACAUCGCUGUGCCCAAGCUUCGCGCUGCCGUCUUCCUGCGUGCCAAACUACGUAACCCGUCUACCAGUGUCACCCUGGUCAAGGGCUCCGCCGGCGUCUCACUCGACGGCUCGUUCUUAGGCCAUGUAGACUUGCCGCGCAUCGUGCCAGGCGCCCCGUUCAGCGUGCCUCUAGGCGUCGAUCCAGGCAUCAGCGUGAGCUACCCGAAGCCCGCCGUGCAUCGCAGUGCGCAGGGCCUGUUUGCGCGGGAGAACGCCAAGUCAUAUACACGCAGCGUAUGGCUCAUGAAUACCAAAACGCGCCCGGUCGAGCUGCUCGUGCUUGACCAGAUCCCUGUCUCGGAAGACGAGAAGUUGCGCAUUGAGGUCCUGCAGCCGAGCGGAUUGAAGGAGGGCGAGACGGUCACGGCGGGGAUGAGUGCGCGCGAGGCUGGGGCUGUGGAAGGUGCACCGACGUGGAUGAAGGGCGAAAAGACUUGGGGUAAUGCAACGGCGAGUUUGAAGAAGAAUGGCGAAGUCAGCUGGAAUGUGAAGUUGGAAAAGGGAGGGGCGUGUUUGUUGAGAUUGGAGUAUGCGGCACGGACGCCGGGCACAGACAAGAUUGUGAAUGUGGCUGGAGAGCAUCAUUGAAGACAGCUGUGUCGAUUGAAAUUCUUAUUAUUCCACCAUUUGUGGUAUAUGGACUCGCCAGUGGGCGUCGGCGACAUUUGGGCGAAAUGCUUGUGUCUAUCAGAUUUGGUGCAAUGGGUUCUUGAGAUCUAGGAAAUUGUUCGUUGGAUUUGGUCAGCGAGACCAUUGUUAAUCAGGCAGAGGCCGAAAUUCAUUCCAGUGUCUCAGAAUGCCCACCUCUAAUUCACG